AGCAACUGAACACCCGAUCCUUUAUCCUUCGCUCAUUUCCAUGGUCAUGUUUCGCUUCGAGGCUGACAAGAUCAUCUACUAAACCGACUUUGGAUUAUAUGAAUCUCUUAUUCUCGUGCGGACAACUCGACGACUUCGUUUGGUCCCUCACCCGAUCAGGAAUCAGCCAAACCAACCCUAUACCCAUCCGCUCCCUCACGCUAUUAACUUUCCACAACUCGCCCGAUGGCAUUGCAGACUGUAGCCUGCACAGCGCUCCAGUUCUUCAAAGGACGCUGAUGACCGAGGACUGGCAAAGCCAGCUAUAUACAACUUUCUUUGUCGAGCAUCGACAAUGGCCCAGUUUACUCGCGCCAUCGAUUCAACAGCAACCCCUGCGAUCCAGCUCCUUAAGAUCUCAGCCCGACCGUUGACAAGCCCGAAUCGCUUCGCACACACAGACGCGUUGCAGCGAGCACGAAGAAACCAUAGGCAUAUUGAAUAUACCCGGCUUACGACGUUCUAUUCGACAUGCGCGACAUUGACCGGGAGUUCGCGACAGGCUCGGCUUACACGUCCGGGAUUGCAGCUUGGGUUGUCCUCGCCGCUGGCAGUUGAAACCUACGGUACACAAGGAUUCCAUACCUACUUUGUGACACACCUCCCUUCGUCAUCUGUCCAUCCCGACUCUCGUCCUCGUGGGCCUGGUCAUAAACUUCCUCGCGAUGCUGCGACCCCUCACACCCCAAGCUCCGGCCCAGUCCCCGCUGUCGCCCCGCCUUAUAUCCCGUCAACCCGAGACUUGACUGUGGUACGCAUUCCCAUGCGGAGGGCGAAACACCAUCUUGGUGUCGCGACAGAUCGGGGAAGUCGACCCUACAAUGAAGAUCGAGAACAGGCUGGCACCAUCAGCCUUCCGGCCUUCGCCAAGAGGGCACCUAGGAGCGUGCAACAAAAACCAGGGGAAGCUACAGCGGCUGAUAGUGCUUGGGGAGACCCUCAAAUCUUCUACUUUGGUGUUUUCGACGGUCAUGGUGGAACCGAAUGCGCGGAUUUCGUCCGGGAUGAGCUACCGGGUUAUAUAGAAAAAGCCUCGGAGGAGUUCGGCCUGCAGAGCAGCUUGCGGAAGAGGAAACCUGGCCGUGAGGGCAUCCAUAAUCAUCACCAUGAUCAUAAGCACAAACAAGUUCGUCCAUCACAGCCAAUUCAGUCGACUAAGAGCCCUUCAACAAAACGCGAGGCGCUCGACGCUGUGCCCAUGAAGGGACCAGAGGAGGUCAAAAGCGAAAUGAAUGUCCCCAGCGCAAGCAAUGGUGGCCUGUCCGAUAAGCCCGUACAUGGGGAGCGAAUACACAGCGCAGCAUCGCCGGCUGCCCCAGUCUCAGACCUGGCUAAAGCGAUUCGUAUGGAGAAAAACUUGGUCAAGGAGUACAGAGAAACUAUCGGUGGCUAUUUCAGGCGCUUUCACCCCGAACACUUUGUUCUCUCGCGAGAUGACAAUCCAGGGGAAGGGCACAAGAUCACGAUAGAAUCAGUGCUUACAUACGCCUUCCUUCGUGCUGAUCUCGACUUUGUGUCUGCGCAAGCUCGAAAGAUUGACCCCAACGAUACCAAAGGUGCCGAUACUCCUGUUAAUAACGAUGAAGUCUUUGGCCACCCGUCCACACCCUCUGGUCAUGGUAUAGGGGGCCCGGAGCGCUUUAAAGGCGGCUCGACAGCUUCUGUAGUACUUAUCUCUACUCCAACGCCUGCCCCAUUUUGGCACCCAGCGGCCCAGUCCACGUUGUUAUGCGCCCAUGUUGGCGACAGUCGCAUCCUUCUUUGCGAUACCGCCACUGGUUUAGCACAGCCUCUGACAUCUGAUCAUCACCCUAGUACACCUACCGAAAGCCGCCGUUUGCGACGCUAUGCACCUGCUGGGUCAAUGGUUUCUGGCGAUAGUUUCGGCGAGGAGCGCAUUGCAGGCCUAGCCAACAGUCGUGCAUUCGGAGACAUGGGGAGUAAGCGCAUUGGAGUCUCAGCUGAGCCGGAGCUUACACGAGUUGAGAUGGGUCCUGCCCAGUAUUCAUUCCUUGUGCUUAUGACUGAUGGCAUCUCUGGUACUCUAAGCGACCAAGAGAUUGUCGAUGUUGUCAAGGAGGCCCGCACGCCUGAAGAUGGAGCUCGAAAUAUCGUUAAAUACGCUACUGAAGUUUCUUCUGACGGUGAUAACGCAACAUGCCAAGUCGUCCGUCUAGGUGGUUGGGAACGUCGAUCUGAAGGCGGACUCGGCAGCUUGGGUACCAAGGAAAUUCGCGACGCACGCAUUGCAGAAGCUCAAGAUCCAAGACGAGGAAAGAGGUAGUAGCACUACAUCAUCACGCGAAGACGUUUUUGUUUGGAUAUACGGUAGGGGGAGGGGGGUGUGCGGGAGUCUUUCAAUGGUGGGACAGCGGGCCAGAAUCUAAGAUGAAGUAUUCGGCUUUGUUUUUCAACUUGGGCAUGUCAGCUUCUUUUAUUCUCAUUUGUACUGCAUGGGAUCAGGAGUUCUCAGGAUUAACAGAUGGCGACAAUAGCGUGCGCUCAGGAGCAGCAUCACUUGAGCUAUAUCGCUUUGAUACCCAGCCAAGAUGGUAGAUAUGCAGCGUUAGAUCAACGAGCAUGUACGGUAGUUUAAAUAUGUUGCUAUUGAGGAAGUAAACAUAACUUUCUUUAGCGCCAAAAACCAAGCUGCCUCUUCUCCCCUGGGUAUUGGAUAUCAACACGGCCGUUACCAUUUCAUCUUAUCUCAGCCUUUGUUCUUCGCUGACCCUAAAAGUUCCCUAUCCAAUCCCCUAGUCUGUAGUCGUAUAUAUCAUUCCAUCUUCGCGUUUUUGAUUUUGCG